GCUCUCCUCUCGAACAAGCUGCGGGGGAAGUCAAGAAGGGUUAAAGGAGGCAGACAGAGGAAGCAACACCCAUUCACAAAGCGAAUUCAAGCCGCAGAAGAGCAGGAGCGCAGCAGACACCUGCGAAAACUUUUCUUUCUUCCUCCGAACUGGUGUAGCUUUUGGCAAAAGUCCACUCGCCCCUCUUGCCUCUUUUGAUCUAAACCCGUGGCUGAAACCCGCCUGGAGAAAAGAUCUGCCCGUCGCUCUCCAUCUGUUGAUUUGAAACCCUCCCUGGAUCCUUCUUCCACCUCGUGCCAAGCGGCGACGGCGGCAGCAGCAGCAGGAGCGCAUCUCUUGACCGAAACGCACCAGCCAGCUAUGAGCUCCGAGCAUUUGGUGUACGACGUGGAGAAAGGGAGCAACGUGGUGGUGGUGCGCGAAAAGCCGCAGAAAGAGAGCCACUGGAAAUGCCUCAGCAUCUGUUCCCUCCUGCUGCUGCUGGGCGCCACGUUCGUCUUUGCGCUUUUGCAGUUUGGCGCUUUCAAGCAAUCUGAAUCCCAGGUAAGGAACAUCCAUCUAUCUAUCUAUCUAUCUAUCUAUCUAUCUAUCUAUCUAUCUAUCUAUCAUCUAUCUAUCAUCUAUCUCUAUCUACUAUCUAUCUAUCUAUCAUCUACAUCAUCUAUCUAUCUAUCUAUCUAUCUAUCAUCUCUAUCUAUCUCUAUCUGUCUGUCUGUCUAUCUAUCUGUCUAUCCAUCUAUCAUCUAUCUAUCAUCUAUCUAUCAUCUAUCUAUCUAUAUCUAUCUAUAUCUAUCUAUCUCUAUCUAUCUAUCUAUCUAUCUAUCAAUCAUCUAUCUAUAUUCGUAUCUCUGUGUGUCUCUCUCGGUGUGUGCGGGAGAGGUAGAAAGAGAUCAGGGGUUGGUCUUCCUUAGUAAAGAUUUGCCGGGUUUGCAUGAAAUUUGCAAAGACGUUCUAAAUCAUAGGUAGGCAAACUAAGGCCUGGGGACCGGAUCCGGCCCAGUCACCUUCUAAAUCUGGACCGUGGACGGUCCAGGAAUCAUUGUGUUUUUACAUGAGUAGAAUGUGUCCUUUUAUUUAAAAUGCACCUCUGUGUUAUUUGUGGGGCAUAGGAAUUUGACAUUUCCCCCCCAAAAAAUAUAGUCCGGCCCCCCACAAGGUCUGAGGGACAGUGGACCGGCCCCCUGCUGAAAAAGUUUGCUGACCCCUGAAUCUAAAUCCUCAGAGAGGGACGGAAUGCUUAUCUCCAUCACUGAAUGAUGAAAAGAGGAGCUACAAAUGGAUUAAAAUAAAUGAAUGAAAAAUAAAAUAAAUAGCUCUGAGCUGUUGGCAAUCACCACCACCACCAAUGAAUUCGUGCUAUUUUAAUUUGAGUUGCUUCCCCCCCCCUUCCCAACAAGCCCAUUGAUGGGUGCUGAAAGAUUUAGGGACUUUUUGAAGAACCAAGGCACACACUGAAUGCACUCCGUUGCCUUAUAAAAGUUAAGGGCUUUUAAAAUUAAGGAUCCCACAGCGAAUUAAAAAUAAUAACAACCAAGAUUGUGAUAUUCAAUUUUUUUUAAAAAAUGUUCACAAGGUCACAAUUGGUGAUGUACUUGAACUCAGCCCACCAUCAACUCUGGGACUUAUCACCAAAAAUGUGCCCGUUGCAGCUCUGCAGGGUAGUUAAUGUGCACUUAGCUCUUUUCUACUCUGUAGUUCUGCCUAUUUGGAAGGCUACCCCAAACACGCCUCCCACAUAUCGGACAUUCUAGCUCCAGCUCAUUUUGCACUAUCACUGUAUUGUUCAUUGUUGUCGCUACAAAUGUAUUUACCCCGUUUCCCCAAUUCUUUCUUUGUUCAGGACUCUAAGGAAAAGGGAAGCCCAUUUUCUGGUAAGUUCUUCUUAACAGCAAUUUUUUUUCUUAAGAGAAACCUUCCCCAUUCUGUCAGGGCAAUGGAUUUCGGGGUGCAAGGACUUUGGCUCAGUUCUGAGGCUGCGUACACACCGCACUUUUAAAGCACAUGGCUUCCCCCCAAAGGAUCCUGUAGUUUACUCUUAAAAAGCUACAAUCCCUGCCCCCCUUAACAAACUACAGUUCCCAGGAUUCUUAGGAGGGUGCCAUGUUCUUAGGAGAGAGCCAGCGUGGUGUAGUGGUUAAGAGCGGUAGACUCAUAAUCUGGUGAACUGGGUUUGCUUCCCCGCUCCUCCACAUGCAGCUGCUGGGUGACCUUGGGCUAGUCACACUUCUCUGAAGUCUCUCAGCCCCACUCACCUCACAGAGUGUUUGUUGUGGGAGAGGAAGAGAAAGGAGAGUGUGAGCCGCUUUGAGACUCCUUCAGGUAGUGAUAAAGCGGGAUAUCAAAUCCAAACUCUUCUUCUUCUUCUUUCAACAUAUGCUGGGUACAGCAGCCUCUCUGAUUCUCAAAACCAAUGUCUACCUUCAGCAACUGCUCAGAGGCACCAUGUGCUUAGCGUAUGCCUUUUGCACUGUGAUACACUUGCUGGAUCUUGGGGUUGUAGUCAAAUGCACAUUAGAUCCCACAAGCCGGAGGUCCCCUGGGCUAGACCAUCAGUACCUCCAGGCGAUUUUAAAAUGCUGGUUCUUCAGCAAACAGAAAAUGCUGCAGUAGCAGGUUAACCCAGCCCCGUGUGGGAUCUCUAAAGGAAGGAAGUUGAGAGGAUGCGUUGUCUGACCGUCUGUCCUCUUUUUGUCUUUGCAGGAGGGUUGCCGCAGACGAUGAAAGUGCAAGCUCUGAUGUCCAGGAAACCAGCUGCCCAUGCCCUAGGUGAGACCUAUUUUCUAAGCUGCUUGAAAGGGGUUUGUUGUGAAGAAAUGAUUACAGAGUUGUUGAGCAUAUAAAGUGCUUUAAAAUAUUGGCCCAGUUGGGUUAGGAUAAGAGAUGAUGGCUGGUCGAAACUUAGCCAUUGAACUUCCAUUUGAAUCUGGGUUCCCCACAGCCUGACUCAUCAUUCAGUCCAGGCCUCCUGCAUAAUCCAGCACUGAAACAUACCCACCAAACGGGGGACAUCCUAUUUCAUACCCUCCAACAUUCCUCUCAUGAAAAUAGAGAUGUCCCCUUCAAUAUUUCUCUGAUGAAAAUGGGGGUGUCCUAUUCCAUACUCUCCUACAUUUCUUUGGUGAAAAUAGGGAAGUCUUACCACAUGGGUGGCUCUGUGGGUUAAACCAAAGAGCCUAGGACUUGCCGAUCAGAAGGUCAGCAGUUCGAAUCCCCGCAUCGGGGUGAGCUCCCGUUGCUCAGUCCCUGCUCCUGCCAACCUAGCAGUUCGAAAGCACGUCAAAGUGCAAGUAGAUAAAUAGGUACCGCUCCGGCGGGAAGGUAAACGGCAUUUCCGUGCGCUGCUCUGGUUCGCUGGCCACAUGACCUGGAAGCUGUACGCCGGCUCCCUUGGCCAAUAAAGCGAGAUGAGCGCCGCAACCCCAGAGUCGGCCACGACUGGACCUAAUGGUCAGGGGUCCCUUUACCUUUACCAUACCCUCCAACAUUUCUCCAAUGAAAAUAGGAACACCCAGGGCUUUUUUUUCCAAUCGGAACUCAGUUCUGGUAGCUCUCAUGUGGGCGCCAUUGUCAUUCUAAGAGGACAAAGGUGGGGAUCGUGGUGAGUUCUGGUACCUCUUUUCUAGAAAAAUAGCACUGAGGACGUCCCAAGGAAAAGUGGGACAUUCUGGUAUCAAAUCAGAAAUUGGAAUGGCUUCUGUAAAUCUGGGACUGUACCUGGAAAAUAGGGACACUUAGCAUUCCGUUAAGCCUCUCUGAGACGCCAAAGCUUGGCCUUUCUCCCAUGUAGUUGCUGCCAGAGUUUGUUGGGGCCACACACACAUGAGGUUAAUAUGGUUUUGCCCAAUGGCCUGUCAAAGCAAGGAUUGGCCUCGCACUCUCUGCUCCACCAAAGCGCUAGGUCAAACCAAAAUUGCCUUCGGGGACUAACACUGAAACUUUGUAGGCCGAAGCCUCUUAGCACAUGUUGACGAACCUUCGAUGCUGACUGGUUUUUCCCUUCCCUUUGCAGCUUCCCGAGCUCACGGCCAGCAACUGUUCUGGACCACAGACGUGGCGCCCUCCAUACUUGAGAACGGCAUGCAGCUGGACAAAAGAGACAACUCCCUCGUGGUGCCUUCAACCGGACUCUAUUUCGUCUACUCUCAGGUCAUGUUCCAUAGCGACACCUGCCCGGAAUCCCCUUUGCUGCUCAGCCACACCAUCUCGUGGUUUUCCUCGCAGUUCAACAACAACGUGGAAUUGCUGAAGUCCAUCAAGUCCGCUUGUGAGGCCGGAAGAACCGCCCAGGGCCAAAAGAAUUUGUGGUUCGAAUCCAUUUACCAGGGGGCUGUCUUCAGGUUGAACAAAGGGGACCGCCUGUGGUCCAAAACCGAAUCUCCUCAGUAUCUGGACUUUGCCCAACAGGGACAGAUAUAUUUUGGGAUCGUUGCCAUGGAGUAAAAAAAAGAAAAAAGACUCUCCUGCUGUGCCAUAGUUACAACUCACUUGGUCCUCCUACUCCAUCAUUCAAAAUACAAAUUUGAGGAUGAGGAACAAGAGACUGAACCCUGAAUUGGCACCCCAGUGAAGGAGGCUACUUCUGCUCUGGGGAGAUAGGACGCAGUGUUACUUAUGUUGUUGUUGUUUAUUUUUAAUCAACCCUAUUUAUUUAUUUUUAUUUAUUUAUUUAUAUAGCCAGUGGGCGUGUGGUUGGAAGUCUGAAAGGAUGUGGGAUGCGUGCUUCUUUUGUCACACCAAUUCAGGAAAAAAAGAUGAAAUAUAGAUAACCCAGUAGAAACAAGAGUGUGGGUUUGUGAGUGUGCUUGUGUGUGUGUGUAUGAGAGAGGGAGGGAGGCAGAGAUAUGUGGUUCUGUGAGAUAUAAGUGAAUACCAAAAAUAAGGGGAGUUGUGCUCCUUUGAACCCAGCUCCAGAAACUCAGAUCAGCUGUAUAUAUAUACUAUGUAUAUCUGUUAAUAAUUGAAUAUACCGGUGUAAUUAUGUAUGUUACAUGGACUGCUCCUGAAUUUUGGGGGAGGAUGGCCCUGCGGGCAAUGUCCUCUCCCAGUUUACCAAGAAAGAGAGGAUAAAAAUUCUCUUGGUUGGUAAUGUUUACAUCGAAGAUGUAAUCUGACACCAGAGUACCUGAGCUGUUAUGGGUUUGCUCACUCUCGUGGUACAUAGCGUAUUUCAUGUUGAAAUCCUGCAUGUGUUGCCACCAAAGCGGUGAUUUCAAAAGGGAAAUAAUACCUUGUGACGUGAUGAUUUUUUUUCAAACAAUGUUGCUUAUUUAUUUAUUUAUGUG